UUUCAGACAUCUUUUAGCUGUGAUGACCUUGCAUCCCUGAAGGCUCCUCUGGACAUCCCAAUACCAGAUCCUGCAAAGGAGGAGGCCAAACGCAAGAAGAAGGAGGAGAAGGAAGCAAAGGAGGGGAAGAAGGACAAGGAAGGCGAGAAGGAGAAGGAAGAGGAGGAAUCAGGGCCUCCUUGUGGUCCCAUCUGCAGCAACGAGAGAGUGGAGAGUCUUUUGAAUGAGGUCAAACCUGAGAUCCAGACCCUGAAGGAGAAGCUGAACACAGUUUCCAUGUGGGUCCAACUUCAGAUUCCCAGAAUCGAGGAUGGUAACAACUUUGGAGUGGCUGUACAGGAGAAAGUGUUUGAGCUGCUGACCAACACACGCACCAAGAUCGAGGCCUUCCAGACCCAGAUUUCUAAGUAUUACAGUGAGAGAGGCGAUGCUGUGGCCAAGGCCUCCAAACAGCCCCAUGUGGGAGACUACAGACAGCUGGUACAUGAACUGGACCAGUAUCAGUACACCGAGCUUCGUCUGGUGGUCUUGGACAUCCGCUACACAUACGCGGUGCUGUUUGACAUCAUUAACAAGAACUAUGACAAGAUUAAAAAGCCCAGAGGAGACGGGAAGGCUCUCAUCUACUGAGGCGGGCGACUUGCUUCUUUUUUUUUUUAUCUUAAAACAAGCGACUGCUACUGUUGUAUAACACUGAUUAAGUUCCAAAAUACAUGUCCUGACAGAAAUUAGCUUGUUCUCUCCAAGUGAUGCAUGCAUUUUGUUUCAGAUUACAAAAAUAAAGCAACAAGAAUCUC